UUACAGCAGGAACGUUUCACAACAUAUUUGUGAGAACAAUUGGACCAUUUGGCCUCCAAAGUGAAUGCAUUAAAAUGGAAUAUGUUACAAGGCCAAAUGUUGUGCAGCCGUUCAUCUCAAAACAGUCCAGUAACUCCAUCAGAGUGGUGUGGAGUGCUCCUGACGGAAAUGUGGGGUCAUAUGUGGUUCUCCUGAACAGCAGCAGCAGCAGCAGCAACAGAAGCCCUGAACUGGACUCAAGUAUCACCUCCUAUGAGUUUCAAAACCUGGCAGCUGGAAAGAUAUACACAGCCACUGUCUCAACACGGAGUGGAAACUUUAGUGAAGAGUCUGAACCAGUUACCAAUGCAACAUAUCCCAAUCCUCCAGGAAGUAUCAAAGUAAAGCACACAACUACAAACUCCAUUUUCAUUGAGUGGGCUCCAGCCCACUUGAUGGAUGACACAGACAAUUUUAGCUACACAGUCACCAUCAGUAAUUCUUCCUGGACCAGAGAAUAUAAAGCCAAAACCAUGUCCCAGAACCUGACAAACCUUACAGCAGGAACGUUUCACAACAUAUUUGUGAGAACAAUUGGACCAUUUGGCCUCCAGAGUGAAUCCAUUAAAAUGGAAUAUGUUACAAGGCCAAAUGUUGUGCAACCGUUCAUCUCAAAACAGUCCAGUAACUCCAUCAGAGUGGUGUGGCGUGCUCCUGAUGGAAAUGUGGAGUCAUAUGUGGUUCUCCUGAACAGCAGCAGCAGCAGCAGCAGAAGCCCUCAACUGGACUCAAGUAUCACCUCCUAUGAGUUUCAAAACUUGGCAGCUGGAAAGAUAUACACAGCCACUGUCACAACACGGAGUGGAAACUUUAGUGAAGAGUCUGAACCAGUUACCAAUGCAACCUAUCCCAAUCCUCCAGGAUGUAUCAAUGUAAAGCAUACAACUACAACAUCCAUUUUCAUUGAGUGGGCUCCAGCCCACUUGAUUGAAGAAGCAGACGAUUUUUACUACACAGUCACCAUCAGUACUUCCUCCUGGACCAGAGAGUAUGAUACCAAAACCAUGUCCCAGAACCUGACAGAUCUUACAGCAGGAACGAUUCACUGCAUCUCUGUGAGAACAACUGGACCAUUUGGCCUCCAAAGCGAACCUUUGUCCGAAUAUGUUACAACAAGGGAAAAAAAUCAUCUUGGGCUCCAGUCACUGCAUUGCGAACUUGCAACACACCACAUGAAAUAUACUCGGCCAAAUGUUGUGCAGCCGUUCAUCUCAAAACAGUCCAGUAACUCCAUCAGAGUGGUGUGGAGUGCUUCUGACGGAAAUGUGGGGUCAUAUGUGGUUCUCCUGAACAGCAGCAGCAGCAGCAGCAGAAGCCCUCAACUGGACUCAAGUAUCACCUCCUAUGAGUUUCAAAAGCUGGCAGCUGGAAAGAUAUACACAGUCACUGUCACAACACAGAGUGGACACUUUAGUGAAGAGUCUGAACCAGUUACCAAUGCAACAUAUCCCAAUCCUCCAGGACCUAUCAAUGUAAAGCAUACAACUACAAACUCCAUUUGUAUUGAGUGGGCUCCAGCCCUGAUGGCAUUUGAUUCAGAUGGGUUUAACUACACCGUUACCAUCAGUACUUCCUCCUGGACCAGAGAGUAUAAUACCAAAACCACGUCCCAGGAUCUAACAGAUCUUACACCAGGAACGUUUCACGGCAUCUCUGUGAGAACAACUGGCCCAUUUAGCCUCCAAAGUGAAAGUUCGUCCGAACAUAUUACAACAAGGCCAAAUGUUGUGCAACCGUUCAUCUCAAAACAGUCCAGUAACUCCAUCAGAGUGGUGUGGCGUGCUCCUAAUGGAAAUGUGGGGUCAUAUGUGGUUCUCCUGAACAGCAUCAGCAGCAGCAACAAAAGCCCUGAACUGGACUCAAGUAUCACCUCCUAUGAGUUUCAAAAGCUGGCAGCUGGAAAGAUAUACACAGUCACUGUCACAACACAGAGUGGAAACUUUAGUGAAGAGUCUGAAGCAGUUACCAAUGCAACAUAUCCCAAUCCUCCAGGACCUAUCAAUGUAAAGCAUACAACGACAAACUCCAUUUGUAUUGAGUGGGCUCCAGCCCUGAUGGCAUUUGAUUCAGAUGGGUUUAACUACACCGUUACCAUCAGUACUUCCUCCUGGACCAGAGAGUAUAAUACCAAAACCACGACCCAGGAUCUAACAGAUCUUACACCAGGAACUUUUCACGGCAUCUCUGUGAGAACAACUGGCCCAUUUAGCCUCCAAAGUGAACGUUCGUCCGAACAUAUUACAACAAGGCCAAAUGCUGUGCAACCGUUCCUCUCAAAACAGUCCAGUAACUCCAUCAGAGUGGCGUGGCGUGCUCCUGACGGAAAUGUGGGGUCAUAUGUGGUUUUCCUGAACAGCAGCAGCAGCAGCAGAAGUCCUGAACUGGACUCAAGUAUCACCUCCUAUGAGUUUCAAAACCUGGCAGCUGGAAAGAUAUACACAGCCACUGUCAGAACGCAGAGUGGAAACUUUAGUGAAGAGUCUGAACCAGUUACCAAUGCAACAUAUCCCAAUCCUCCAGGACGUAUCAAUGUAAAGCACACAACUACAAAGUCCAUUUUCAUUGAGUGGGCUCCAGCCCUCUUGACGUAUGAUUCUGACGGUUUUAACUACACAGUCACCAUCAGUACUUCCUCCUGGACCAGAAGGUAUGAUACCAAAACCACAUCCCAGAACCUGACAGAUCUUACAGCAGGAACGUUUCACGGCAUCUCUGUGAGAACAAUCGGACCAUUUGGCCUCCAAAGUGAACCUUUGUCCGAAUAUGUUUCAACAAGGCCAAAUGUUGUGCAACCGUUCAUCUCAAAACAGUCCAGUAACUCCAUCAGAGUGGUGUGGGGUGCUCCUGAUGGAAAUGUGGGGUCAUAUGUGGUUCUCCUGAACAGCAGCAGCAGCAACAAAAGCCCUGAACUGGACUCAAGUAUCACCUCCUAUGAGUUUCAAAACCUGGCAGCUGGAAAGAUAUACACAGUCACUGUCACAACACAGAGUGGACACUUUGGUGAAGAGUCUGAACAAGUUACCAAUGCAACAUAUCCUAAUCCUCCUGGGCGUAUUACCAUAACACAUACAACUGCAAACUCCAUUUUUAUUGAGUGGGCUCCAGCCCACUUGAUGGAUGACGCAGACAGUUUUUACUAUACAGUCACCAUUAGAAAUUCUUCUUGGACCAGAGAGUAUAAGGCCAAAAACACCUCUCAGAACCUGACGGACCUUACACCAGGAAUAUUUCACAACAUCUCUGUGAGAACAACUGGACCAUUUGGCCUCCAAAGUGAACGCAUUAAAGUGGAAUAUGUUCAAACAAGGCCAGAUGUUGUACAGCCAUUCAUCUCAAAACAGUCCAGUAGCUCCAUCAGAGUGGUGUGGCGUGCUCCUGAUGGAAAUGUGGAGUCAUAUGUGGUUCUCCUGAACAGCAGCAGCAGCAGCAGCAGCAACAGAAGCCCUCAACUAAACCCAAAUAUCACCUCCUAUGAGUUUCAAAACCUGGCAGCUGGAAAGAUAUACACAGCCACUGUCACAACGCAGAGUGGACACUAUAGUGAAGAGUCUGAAAGAGUUACCAAUGCAACAUAUCCCAAGCCUCCAGGACGUAUCAAUGUAAAGCACACAACUACAAAGUCCAUUUUCAUUGAGUGGGCUCCAGCCAUCUUGACGUAUGAUUCUGACGGUUUUAACUACACAGUCACCAUCAGUACUUCCUCCUGGACCAGAAAGUAUGAUACCAAAACCACGUCCCAGAACCUGACAGAUCUUACAGCAGGAACGUUUCACGGCAUCUCUGUGAGAACAAUCGGACCAUUUGGCCUCCAAAGUGAACCUUUGUCCGAAUAUGUUUCAACAAGGCCAAAUGUUGUGCAGCCGUUCAUCUCAAAACAGUCCAGUAACUCCAUCAGAGUGGUGUGGAGUGCUUCUGACGGAAAUGUGGGGUCAUAUGUGGUUCUCCUGAACAGCAGCAGCAGCAGCAACAAAAGCCCUGAACUGGACUCAAGUAUCACCUCCUAUGAGUUUCAAAACCUGGCAGCUGGAAAGAUAUACACAGUCACUGUCACAACACAGAGUGGGCACUUUGGUGAAGAGUCUGAACAAGUUACCAAUGCAACAUAUCCUAAUCCUCCUGGGCAUAUUACCAUAGCGCAUACAACUGCAAACUCCAUUUUUAUUGAGUGGGCUCCAGCCCACUUGAUGGAUGACGCAGACAGUUUUUACUACACAGUCACCAUUAGAAAUUCUUCUUGGACCAGAGAGUAUAAGGCCAAAACCACGUCCCAGAACCUGACAGAUCUUACACCAGGAACAUUUCACAACAUCUCUGUGAGAACAACUGGACCAUUUGGUCUCCAGAGUGAAUGCAUUCAAAUCAGAAAUGCCAUUACAAUUCCAGCAAAGGUGGCCGAUCUGAAUUGUGAACCUGGACAUUUCUCUCUGAGCCUUAACUGGCAAGAACCAUUUGGUGUGUGGACUGUCGUGGAGGUGAAUGUGAACGGGGGAAUUUCUCAGCAAGUGAGGGAAACAGAACUGAUGGUGGUUGGGCUUCAGCCUGCUCAGACCUACAUAAUCAGUGUCACAUCAUUAUCUGGAUCUAUGAGGAGUUCUGCACGACGGAUCAGCUGUCAAACUCAUUCAACGGUGAUCUGGAUAUCAUUACUAGUCCUCACACUCCUGGGCCUCCUGACUGCCAUAGGAGUGGCUCUCACGCGCCGACAGAAUAGGAAUUGGAACUUACUUUUACGGGCCCGGUUUCAUUUGUUUGAGAUUCCAUUAGACGAACAGCCCCUUACCGGAACAUUCCGGGAACUUCGACAGGGCUAAGUCCCUGCCUCAUGGUAGGUAUUUCAGCCUCUAAAAACUCUGCAGUGGCACGUCAAUUGCCUGUUCAUCUUUGGACAUUUACAAGCCAGUGCUUGAUGUGUUUGAAUGCUCAGUGUUGAUCCUUUUUUUUUGGCUGCUCACCUGACCUAAUGUUAUCUUAGGGGUUAUUCUAAAGUUUAACAGGCACAUAAGAUCAUCUUUGGUAUACAGUGAGGAGAAAAUUUAUUUGAUACCAUGCUAAAGUUGCCUAAAAAGAGGAAUAUAAAAUCAUCAAUUGACAAUUGAUCUUAAUGUCUUAAUUAAAAAAAAUAGUAAAAAUAAAACCGCUAAGCACCCCAAUUUUCUUUGUGAUUGAAGAAUGUUUCGUAAAGAAAUAAAUGUUCUUCCUGAAUGCUAGGGGGAAGGAAGUAUUUGACCCCCAAUGUAACCCUAUGGGAAUUUAACACAUAGGGUUAACAUAGGGGCAGGCAGAUUUUUAUUUUUUAAGGCCAGCUAUUUCAUGGAUUCAGGAUAUUAUGCAUCCUGAUAAAGUUCCCUUGGCCGUUGGAAUUAAAAUAGCCCCACAUCAUUACAUA